AUGGGGCUUUCUAUGCUCGUUUGCGUGUCCUCCCUAACGCUCCUAUUCUCUUCUCUACGGAAUAAUCGUUUCUACAAAUCGAUCUCGAAAGAUCUAUUGCUACUCAUCGCCAUGCACGACAACGACGGCAAUAUCAUAGCCUACAUAUACCCGGCUCUUGGAACUAUAGGGCAAAAUGGAGCGCAAAGGGCCAUAGAGCUAAAUAAGGGGCACCCAGGAUAUACACCUCCGCGGCGCUUUAACCUCCAAGAUCGAGAGACACUGUAUGAAGGAACAUUCGAAGGACGUGAUGAAGGACGUGGCAGGCAAACGGCGAACAAAGGGGGCCGAAAUCCCCUCGAAUACGAAGCUUGUAUCAAGGUGACGUUCGACCACAUUCCUAAAACUCGCCAUGGCAUAAGGUGCGGACAUGGUGAGGAUGCUGAGCUCCGUUUUCGUCCCCUUCAAGGCGUUGGACUCUAUCACUUUUCCCUCACGUUUGACGACAGCUAUCGUCUUAUUGUUCGGGACUUGGGGUCUACGAGCGGGACCACGGUCAUGUAUGGGCAGGCUGAACGGGGCCCGUGGUCCAACUUUAGCUGGAUUGUUGGCGGAAGUGAUUUUCUUGAAGGAAUGGGCUCUAUUGGUGUCAAAGUGCACAAUAUUUUGCAUUUCACACUCGUCAUACCGCGUCACGAUAUUCAAUCCAAGCUUUAUAGGGACAAAGUCGAUCGAUACCGUGCUGAAUGUGCGGAUGUCCGACGAAUCCUCAGCCUUGGCAAUGCUGGCCUCUCAAGCCAGGCCAGAACCACACUUCCAUCAGGCUUUUACACGUCUGCAAAAAGGCCUACCAAGUAUGUGACCCUUCAGAAGAAAAUUGGCGAGGGAUCGUUCGCGUGCGUCUUUCGUGUUUGGAUCGUCGAUACGGGGUUGCAAUAUGCUUUAAAGAAACCGAAAGAACCGAUGUCGGUCGAUAGGGAGCAAUGGGAGAACGAGGCCUUUAUCAUGAAGCGGGCCAAGCAUAAACACAUUGUAUCUUUUCUCGGCGUAUCCCCACCACCAAACGCGUGGCUGCGACUUGAAUAUAUGUCUGAAGGCACACUUAGCGACCAUAUCAAAGCCAACAACCACUUUUCCCGCGUCGAAUGCGGACAGAUUCUCGUACAGGCAUUGGAUGCUCUCACUUACCUACACUUGAGCGAUCCGCAAAUUGUGCACAGAGACAUCAAGCCAAAUAACAUUCUUAUUCUCCAUCGCCGUCCCAAUGAUAUAUUUAUCAACCUUGCAGACUUCGGGCUUGCCCACGAAGGAGACAUUCUGAGGACUAUGUGCGGCACAUAUCGUUACUUAGCGCCUGAGAUAUAUAUGGGAGCAAACGCUAUCCAGAGAUGUCAAAGGGAGCCUUAUACGGCCCUUGUUGAUGUCUGGUCACUUGGUAUCGUACUCGCUGAGCUCUUGUGUGGGCUGCCCAAAUAUGGCAGGCAUAGCAUGGGAUUGGACUGGUGCGAAACGAUCUGCGAGAGGGUGGCAAUGAAGAGUAGAGCCGAGGAUGAUGAAAUGUUAUCGUUCGUUCUGGACUCGAUGCUUCGUCUGGAGCCAGGUGACAGAAUGACUGCUGCGGAUUGCUACAAAGGAGCAUUGGGCUUACUUGCUCGAGCCCAAGAGCAAAACUAUGACGCCGACGGUGGCAGUUGCUCGACUGGACGCGAAGAUGACGAGGGUACCAUCGUCCCAGGAGGCGUCCAAAGGCUCGACGAUCAGAUCGGAACGACAAGUAGCAGCUUGGGUGUUGGAGGCUCGUCACUAAGCAGAUACAUUAUCAGCAAUCCUGAGCAAUGUGCCAGCUCUGCCAAGGCGCCACCUCCCCAGGCCGAAACAACAAUGGUUCAUAUCGGACAAUUUCUCCCCAAGUUUCGCAACCCGGAAGACAGCCUCUUCUAUGAAUCUACCUUUGGGGAGAUUCUAGACGAAGACUAUGAUGAAGAUUCUGAGACAGCUUCAACAACUGUCCCAGGCCAUCACGCCGAGCCCCAAGAAGGAGUCGAGCAAUCAUUGACCACGUCAGGAUCGGCACAUGCAGCGCCUGCGGAAGAAUCGCUUCUUUCAACCAUGGAGUGGUCCAAGUUUGACGAUGACGAUGACGCCGAGAUGACAAUAGAAGAGAUAGAGACUCUGAUGGGCAACGAAUCUCAAGCACCGGCCUCCCUCAAGAGACCAAGCGCUGCCAUGGGCCCGCGGUCACCAAAUCCUUUGGAAAGAAUCAUGAAGCGACCCAAGGCGAGCGAGCGAGAAGAUUGA